GAGGCUUCGAUGUCAUCUCGAGCAGCUUUACUGCUCCAAAGAGAGCAGUAUCGACUUCGAAAGGCUGAUAAGUGUUGGGGGAUUGAGACGUCUAUAGUAAAAAACGACAUCUUUCAUUGGCAAGCAACAAUAGAAGGAUUGCCAAACACACCAUGGGAAGGGGGGCUAUUUAAAAUUGAAAUGUUUUUCGAUGAAGAGUAUAACGAGAAGCCACCGGAAAUCUACUUUAUGACUGUCCCCUUUCAUCCUAAUGUGGAUAUGAACACCGGUCGGCCCUGUGUACCCUUCCUUGAAGACUCGAAUGAAUGGGACCCUGAGACUCCAAUAUUGAGCAUUCUUGUGUACUUGCAAGCUAUUCUUGCAAAUCCAGGGCUAGAUCGCCCAGUAAACAUAGCGGCAAGUGAGAUAUACACGAGCUCACCACGGCUGUACGAUCAGCUUGUCAGGGACUGUGUGAUCGCAAGUCGUCGGAUCAAUGUCGGACUGGCACCCUUUGAAGAAGAGGAGUACCUGAACCAGACUUCCAGUGAUAAGGAGCUUAAAACAAUCAGUCCCAUAAUACCAGCGCACAGUUUGACGCAGCCAUAUAUCCGAACGAUAAGUUUUGAUGAUUAUUACGAAUUUUGGAAGUCGCUCGCCACGUCAAUACCUCAGAAACCCAGUAAACCGGGCGGUCCUCGAAUACCAGAUGAGUUGAUGUUUCCGAGUCAAUCCAAGGUUUCGGAAGAUCAAUUUCGAGAGAUGAUGGAAAGACAAAGAGAUCUGUGGUUUGGCAGAUUUCAAAGAAAAGCUGUACAGAAGAAACCAGAGCAACAGUCGAAAACGGCGAGAAUAGACGCAAUGAGACGAAUCUACAGUAUGAAAGAAAGCGAUGACUCAAAAUCAGAACAAAUAGAUAAUCGAAGAACCCAGAGGGUCGAGGAGACACACUGGGAUGGGGACUCGGGCCACCAAAUUGACAUGGCUCCGCUUGGAGGGGAGUCCGUGUUGGACGAUCGAUGGAUCAAGCCCAAGGAGCAUAUUCACUCCGAUGAUUGGGAACGCGAGGCGGACGAUCUGUUGAAUUGGACGGCCCAGUUGGCGCAUCCACCAUCUGAUCAUAUUACAUAAUGUGAUGGAACUAGAAGGACACAGGAUGUCUCUCAAAGCCAGUGGAGUUUAUGUGCAAAUAAUAUGGUUCAUGGAAUAUAUUAGUUGAACAGGGG